AGAUAUAUUUUAAGCACAUGACUGACAUCUGCUUCUAUCUUAUCACCAACCUAACAAUUAACCUUGCACUUGCUCACUGAUUAAUGUACGGACCAAUGUAUAAAAGGACAGUUUCUGAUAGAUAUUUUUAGCCUGUCAUUUGAAGCCAUGAGAUUACUUAUAUUAAUCAGUGUAUUGAUAACUAUCAAUAAUGCUUUUGAGUACGAGCCAUUAGUAACAAACUAUCAUGGAGAAGUUGGUAUCCCGGAAGCAGCGCGUAUCAGGGCAGCAGAAGCGGCCAUGAGCCCCAAUAAUGAAGCAGUAAAAUACCCAUAUGUGGCAGGUUUAAUCAUCAAGUUAACGAGUGGUGAGGAGUCCGUGUGCAGUGCCUCUCUUCUAUCUAAUACUAUAUUAGUGACAGCUGCUCGAUGCUGGCGCACCAACUAUCACCAAGGAGACACGAUGACAGUUGUCCUUGGAUCCAAUUUCCUUUUUUCUGGUGGGGUUCGGGUCAACACCAAUCAAGUAGUAAUACAUCCACGCUACAAAAUGGACAAGCUUACACAAGACGCCGCGGUGGUCACCAUAAAUCAUGUUGAUUUUACUGACAAUAUAAAUCCAAUACCAUUGGACUCAAGAAUGAACCCUGAUUUCUAUAGAACGACAGCAACUGUAGUCGGCUUUGGUACAGUUGGAGCUGAUAAGGAUCGUAAGUUUUCAAUGAGGGAUAUUAAGGUCGAAAUAAUACAUCCAAACCAAUGCUACUUAACAUUUGGUUACACGACAAUAGUGGCUUCAGUGAAUUGCGCAAAAAAUGUCGUUGGUAAUAUUUCCUGUACUGGUGACACUGGAGGUCCUCUUAUCAUUGAUAAUAUGUUGGGCGGCAUCGCAUCUUUCACCGGACCACAAGGUUGCGAACGUAAUAUACCCGUUGCCUAUUACUUAAUAGUUUACGCUGAUUAUUGGAUUCGUCAAUUCUUGUAGACUGUUUCAAACUAGGAAUUGAGUAAAUUUCAUUUUUGACUACAAAAAUAACAUCUUUCUAUCUAAAAAUCUAACCGUUGGUUUAAUUGUAAAUCAUAUUUGUAUUGUUUCAGAGAAUAAAUUAAAUUUUGAGAAUGUAUUCAGAAAACUUUCGUCCAUAAGAACAUUUAAAGAUCUAUAGUGACAAAUAUCCUUGUUUUUAUUAAUAGCAAAGUUAAGACUUAACAGAACGCGAAGUAACUUCUAAAAUUGAGCGUUGUUCGUGGAUUAUCUUAAUUAUACAAACCAGACGUUCAUGAAUAUUUAACCGUCAAACUUCUCUAACUUAAUUUCUAUACUGUAUUUGAUGGUAACAACAUCUCAACGUCAUUAAUAGCAUUAAAAAUACGUAUUUAUUCAAAAAUUUAAUGUUUCCGACAGAAUAUAAAAAAAAAUUGACGGCUUUUUAGCUUUU